AUGUCGGAAGAUGACGACAGCGGGCUUUCAGGAUCCCAUACCGCCUCAGAUGAAUUCUUGAACCCCUUACACUCAAUAUCAAGCACAGGACUCCAUCCACAAGACAUUCUUCAACAAUCCGGCAACGUGAGCACAUUCUACCUAGGCACGGAUGCCCCCGCUGCAAGCAACAACAAUAUAAGCGCUCCAGUCUUUGCGCAACUCAACGCGCAGUCCAGUGCCGAAGGUCAACCGGAAAGGGCUGACCCGGAUCCCACCUUCGAUGAAGCAUUCAGAACCGACCUCCUCGAGACCGCUCCAUCCGCUGAUGUGUACACGCCUCCAUUCUCCCUGGGCCUGGCGUUGUCCCGGAAGAGUUCACCAUUUCGCGAGCCCCGGUUCCCUAUCAGCGAUGCUCAGGCACUGGCCCUGCUUCGCUCUUACCUCACUGAGUCCGCGACUUGGUGCGAGACCACUGACACUAACAAACACUUCUCCGCUGUAUGCGCCCAUGAUAUGCUGGAGAGCAAUAUCUUCAAAGGAUCCGCUCUGGCUUUAGCGUCCCGCCAACUUAGUAUGACCGGGGUUCUAGUCGAGGAAAUUGCAUUACAGCUUUACCAAUACACCAUCCAGCUUCUCAUACAACAAGAUCCCGACCAGGCCGAUGCGGCAAUACUUGCAUCGUGCACCCUUCUCUGUGUCUACGAAAUGAUGGCAUCGGAUGUGGUUGACUGGAGACGGCAUCUGAAGGGUUGUGCGGGCCUAUUCUCAUCCAAAGGAUGGAACGGGAGCAGCGAAGGACUAAUGAAGGCUUGCUUCUGGGCUUUUGCCAGGAUUGAUCUAUGGGCGGCAUUUCUUCUUGAAAAGCGGACACUGAUCCCGACAAACUGCUGGGUCAGUGACGAGUCACUCGAACGCGCGGCGGCCAUCGAUUGCCCCGAUGAUUACUGCAACUUGAGUAUCCUAUUAUUUGCAAGGGUAGUUAACUGCCUCUCAAGAGACGACAGUGAAAGUACAACCUCAGAAUCACGGCGCGAGGCCCAACAGCUUUGGGCUAGAUUUCAGGAGUGGUGGAAGUUCCGACCCAAACGAGUUCGUGCUCUCUACAGAACUGGACCGACAAACUCAAAUCCAUUUCCCACUAUUGUAUUUACUUAUACAUCGUCAAUAUGCGGUAAUACAUUCUAUCACGCUGGCUCGCUAUUAUUACUCGAGAAGUUAUGUAUCGAUCCGGGGAGUGAUUCAAGUGAUGAAAUGAUUGACCCGAUAUGGCAUGCAAUGGAGCUUUGUGGCAUCUCAGUUUCCAAUGUUGAUCACCUCGAUUUCGGUUUGAAUAUGAGGCUUUUGGGCGACGACGAAGACGAUCAUGCGGACGACACAGCGCGCUACGCAGCGGAGCAGAUUGUGCUGCUAAAACACCUAAUUAGAAUCCAGCGUGAGACCGGUUGGAAAACCGAAGGGAGAGCAGAAGAUCUUCGCAAGAUUUGGGGGCUUCAGUAG